AUGCAGCAAUUGUCUUCCCCCGAACUACGUUCUAAAUUUAUAAAGUAUUUUGAAAAGCAAGGUCAUGUACCUGUCAAAAGUGCUAGCUUGGUGCCUCAUAAUGACAAGAGUCUGUUAUUCACUAAUGCAGGCAUGGUUCCUUUCAAGGAAUAUUUUCUUAAACCCAGUUCAGCCCCAUUUCAAAGCGCAACAAGUGUUCAAAAGUGCAUGCGAGCAGGUGGUAAACAUAACGAUCUCGAUAAUGUCGGAUACACACCUCGCCACCACACCUUUUUCGAAAUGCUAGGCAAUUUUUCUUUUGGAAAAUAUUCCAAGGCAGAAGCCAUCGAUUACGCUUGGACUUUCUUAUUAAAGGAGUUGAAGCUCCCUAUCGAUCGCUUAAGAGUCACCGUGUUGGAAGGCGAUCAAGAAGGCUACGAUUUAUGGAAAAAGCAAGGUUUACCCGACGAGAUGAUUGUAAAAUGUGGACCCGAGGAUAACUUUUGGACGAUGGGCGAUGGUGAAGGUCCAUGUGGUCCUUGCACAGAAAUCUUUUGGGAUACGAAGGACGCCUCCUUGGAGGAUCCUUGGUUAGAAAUCUGGAACUUGGUAUUCAUGGAAAAAUUUAGAGACUCCCAAGGCGUCAUUUCUGACUUGCCCAUUCCUUGCAUCGAUACCGGUAUGGGUUUGGAGAGAAUGGUCUGCGUACUCCAAGGCAAACAAAAUAACUUUCAAAUCGAUCAAUUUGAACAUUUAAUCCGUGGACUUAGAACUUUAUUGGAUAAACGAGGUCUCAAGGUAAGCAGCAAUAGCUCGACAGCCAUUGAUCCUAGCCCCCAUGAAAAAAUCGUUGCGGAUCAUUUCAGAUCCAUGUGCUUUUUAAUUGGUGACGGUGUUGUGCCUAGCAAUGUGGGACGUGGAUAUGUAUUAAGACGUAUCAUUCGUCGUGCUCUUCGUUCUGCUAAGCAA